AUGAACAACCGCGACCCGUUCAAUCUACGACGAAUUCCUGGACCAGCUCUUUCGAUCCUCCAGUCACGCGCCUCGAAUCUAGGAGAACAUCUCGCACGGGGAGCGAACAAAGCGGCCGAAGUAGGGCGGAACGUGUUGCAGGAGGUGUCCAACGAGGCGGCAGCGAGCAUGUCGUCCUACGCGCCCAACUUUCAGAAUGGACCGACGCAGCGGCAUCCCGAGCAAUGGCAGAGUGCGCAGUCGAAAUAUGCGCCGAGUACUUCUUCGAGCGGUAAUGGCAUUAGCGAGACGGUCAGCGGGCUCUUUGGGGGCGAAAAGAAGGAUGGGCUGCCGAUGUACAAGGACAAGCCGUUUUCAUACCCGGGAAGCAGGAGGAAGGUGGCUUGGUGGAAGCAGAAGAGGACCGUUGCGGCGGUGCUGACGACGUUUGCGGUCAUAAGUUGGUGGUUUGGGAUACUGUCGCCGCUGUCGUACUUUACGAGGGAUGAGGCACCCGCGACACAGAAGACGGAGAGCAAGACAUCGUGGUUCGGGGGAGGAGGAGGUGCGGCCUUGGACUGGAACUCGAGAGCGCAGAAGGUCAAGGAGGCAUUCAAGUUAUCUUUCGAUGGGUACAACAAAUACGCAUGGGGCCACGACGAGUUCCAUCCGGUCAGCAAGGGCAAGAGGCAGAUGGUGCCGAACGGCAUGGGCUGGAUCAUUGUGGAUGCUUUGGACACGAUGAUGAUCAUGAACCUUACGGAUGAGGUUGCGCAGGCCCGGCAGUGGAUACACCAUAACUUGACUUAUGAUCAAGAUCACGAUGUCAAUACUUUCGAGACGACUAUUCGGAUGCUUGGUGGAUUGCUGUCGGCUCACUACCUCAGCAACAGGGUUGAGGAGACCUAUGCGAUGGUUGACGACGACCUUGGCGAUGAUCUGUACAUCGAAAAGGCUACGGACCUUGCUGACCGGCUAUUGGGAGCUUACGAGACAACGUCGGGAGUACCACUAGCAAGCGUCAACUUGCACACUCAGCUGGGCAUACCUUCCCAUGCGGACGGCGGUGCUUCAUCAACGGCUGAAGCAACUACUCUGCAGCUCGAGAUGAAGUAUCUGGCAAACCUGACUGGCGAGAACAACUACUGGGAGCACGCUGAGCAUGUCAUGCAAGUGGUCGACGACAACAACGCGAAAGACGGUCUGGUACCCAUCUUCAUCUACGCCGACAGUGGCAACUUCCGUGGCGAGAACAUCAGACUCGGCAGCAGAGGAGACAGCUACUACGAGUACCUGAUCAAGCAAUUCCUGCAGACAUCACAGCAAGAGCCGGUGUACCAAGCCAUGUGGAACGAAACCCUAGCUGGCGUCAAGAAGAAUCUCAUCACCUACAGCGCCCCGUCGAACUUCACUGUCCUAGCCGAGAGGCCAAAUGGACUUGGCGGUAAGCUCAGUCCGAAGAUGGACCACCUCGUCUGCUUCAUGCCCGGCACCAUCGCUCUCGCUGCGACUGGAGGUCUACCACUCAAUCAAGCUAAGGCUCAGCCCAACUGGGGCCCUCGCCAGGACGAAGACAUGCGGCUGGCAGAAGAGCUCAUGAACACCUGCUGGGGCAUGUACAAGACCUCACCAAUUGGUCUCGCAGGAGAAAUCACGCACUUCAACCUUCAUGACCCACCGUUGAUGUACGAGGAGUUCACCGCUGAUAACAGACCCACCCCGCCAGCAGCCUUCGACACGUCGGGGCUUGGGGAUGAAUUCGUUGGCCACGAAGACUUCAUGAUCAAAGGCGCGGACGCGCACAACCUGCAGCGACCGGAGACCAUCGAGAGUCUGUUCUACAUGUGGCGUAUUACGGGCGACGAGAAGUACAGGAAUUGGGGCUGGGAGAUGUUUGAGAGCUUCGUCAAGUGGACGGCCGUGGAAGACGGAACUGGCUAUACGAGUCUGACGUCCGUAUUGACGACACCGCCGCCUCAGAAGGAUAACAUGGAGAGCUUUUGGCUGGCCGAAACUCUAAAAUACUUCUACCUCCUCUUCUCCCCCACCGACAUCCUGCCCCUCACCGACGUCGUCUUCAACACCGAAGCUCACGCCUUCCCGCGCUUCCAGCUCGGCAAACUUUUUAAGACUGGCUGGGAGCGCAAGCCCCGCGAUACCAAUGGCAAGCUACUCGAAUCUCCCAACCCGAAAGUCGAGACGCGAGCAGACGACGCUGCAGCCAAGCAGACACCCACACUGGAGAAGAUAGUCGUGCCUGAUCCUGCCGGUCAGACGCCCGAGCCAAAGGCUGGGAAGGCAGAAGAACCGGCUGCUGCUGCGGCGCCGGAGGCGGAGAAGCCUUUGCAGGCGGAGGCGGGACGGGACCCGGUUACUGGGAAGGAGGCAGCGGAGGGACCGCAGGUCGUUCAAGCGUGA